GAUGGACUUGUACAUUUUUCGUACAUGUAGCAGCAACAUUGUAGUAAAAAUAAACCUUUGUCUUUAUAUGCGAAUGCGUACACAAGUUUGUAUUGUACAUCAUGAAUUAGUUUUAGAACUACUAUUUCGCUCGAAGAAUGAUCAAAUAUUCUACUUCGAGAAUGAACAAAUAUCCCUAUUAAUACGGGGUUCCCCUUUGUACGCUCAUUCAUAUAACAAUUCAACACCUGGGAGUUAGAGUCAACGUGUUCUGUACGGAAUAUAGGAGCGAUAAUAAAAGUAGGACAUCAAGCAUUGCGACAUAAGUUAAAUUUUGUUUACAUACUAUUUUUUAUACAUUGUUCAAUGAAAUGUGGGACAAUCAUAGGACGUCUCUUGUGGUAAAAUCCCUAGGUGUAACCCUUUUGGUACCAACAGUAAGAUUAAUUUCAGAACGAUAUUAUGUACAUAUGUGUCGCUGCAAUCUGCACCAUGAAACCAUAUAUUAUAGAUGGGAAUGUGAUACAUACGUACUGUCCAGUGUGGUCCAGUGCUUUCAAAGAGAAACAGUGGAAUAUAUAAAAGAGUAGAUGUACAUAUGUAUGUACAUACAUUGUACGUGCUGUAUUGUGUUCUGUGUUGUGUUCAACCGUGUAUAGUGUAUGUAUGUAUGUAUAUACAUAUAUCUUUAACGUGAACGAACUGUAUAAUAUCCCCAAAAACCCACGCAACAUAGCUUGCUUCAAAUCUGUCGAAAGACAGAGCUGGUAUCGAAAGUUUUCUGCAUAUGUAGCCGAUAGUAAUUCAUAGAGAUCCCGGUACUUAUUCUGACAAUACUUUCGUGUUCCUGUGAUCAUUUACAAUGAAUGUUUGCAAACAGUUUCGGACAAUAUGUGAGAAAAACCUGUAAAGUUUGACAAUACAAGGAUGUGACAAAUACAAUUGUUAUCGUGAUCGUGAAUGUUGUAAAAGUCUUCCAUAAUGAUGAGAACUGCACUUGUGUUUUUAAUUUUAACCCAAGCAAGAGGAAAAACAGUACAAACGUGUCCACAAUAUUGUACCUGCAAACUAGGUGCUCAGGCGGAAUGGUUACGUGUUAAAUGUAGCAAUGAAUUGCAGGAUAUUAAAAACAUUAAUUUUGAUAGUGUCAGUUUGGAAUUAGUGCAACUGGAUUUAAGUAAAAACAAUAUUUUCGACAUUGAUGUUGAUAUUUUUAAAAACUUAACGAAUCUUAAACGUUUGGAUUUAUCACAAAACAACAUAACUCAUAUUGGCGAAGGUUGUUUUAAUGGUCUUGGAAAUUUAGAAAGACUUAAUGCUCCAAAAUGUACAUCUCCUGAAAAUAUUAAAGGAGAAUUCGUAAAAAAACUAAGAUAUUCAGAAAAUAUUCAAUGCCAAUGGGCACCUCCUACAAUAGAACUUCGACCUAUCCAAAAUCAAGUCGUUUUUGCUGGAGAUUCAUUGACUUUAAAGUGUAGAGCUCCAAGUAUCACGGAAGAUAAAAAUGCAAAAUUGAGUUGGCUAUGGUAUCCUAACACUACUACUAAUGUUGUGGAUUUAAAUGCAUUUUCAGAUCCACAAAAAAGUUUAUCUAAUAUUAAAAUUGAUAAUCGAUAUCUUAAAGACAGUGGAAUAGUAGACAGUUCACUUAGUAUUAUUUCAGUUAAAGAAGAACAUAAUGGGCAGUGGAAUUGUUUAUUACUUUCAGUGAAUGGCAAUAGAACAAAAUCAAUUAUUGUGAUUGUCAUUUCUGAUCAAACUCGUUAUUGUCCUCUAGCAGUAACUAAGAGCAAUAAGGGUGUUUACACAUGGCCAAAAACUGUGGUUGGAUGGAGAGCAGAACUGCCAUGUGAAGGCAAUCAUUUCUCAGGUUCAAUGCAAAUGCCUUCAAAAGCGUUUUAUCACUGCAACAACACGGGAUAUUGGGAAAGCCUAAAUACAGAACUGUGUCCUUAUAUAUCCCAGACAACAAAAAGCUUAGAACAAUUUUCUAAAGCUAAUCUUUCUCUUGCAAAGAUCAAUUUAUUGGAAACUGCCAAAAAAUUUAAAAAUUACACAGGGCAAGACAUUAAAGUAACUGAUCCUAUUGAAGUAAAUUUUAUAACUCAAACUAUAGAAAAAUACUUGAACUUUUUAGUUGAAGAAAAGGAUCUUGGUACUAUAUUACUUGAUAUUAUUAGUUCUGUGAGUAAUUUGCCAAAAACCAUAUUAAAACGAGCCGAACUUUCUUUCAAGUCAUGCACAAGGCUUAUAAAAACAGUGGAAAAAAUUGUGCAAUAUACUCCAUCAAUACAAUCAUUCAGAAAAAACAUGGCUCUAGAAGAAUUUAAGAUAAAACGCAACAGUUUUUCCGGGUUAAUAUGUACAUGGUACUCCAAUGUUGCUUUCGUUGGCGACCCCGACUCAAAAUUCUUACAAUGCACCACAAACAAUAGAAGUACUCCAAUUAAUACAAAAGACAAAAUAAUAGAAGCUUCGAUACAUUUGCCUGCUUCAUUAUUAGAAUACUCACAAGAAAUCAUUACUCAUCAAUUAAUGAUCUCUGCAUAUAGCAAUAAUAAAUUAUUUCCUAUUAGUGAUAAUAUCAACAAUGAAUUUCCUAAUAACAAUAAUAAUAUGGAUAUUACAUCGUGUAUUAUUGGAAGCAAAUUAUUUGGAAUAUCGGUAAAAAAUUUAACUGAACCUGUGUAUGUUAUGUUAAGAAUACCGACUUAUUAUUAUUCUGCAAAAAGAUUGCAGCCCAUGGUUUGGGAUGAAACACUUGAUAAAUCAGGUGGUUGGACGAGCGAUGGUUGUCAUUUAAGAAGUGAAUUAAACAAUUUAAUAUUAUUUCAUUGCAAUCGAUUAGGAUAUUAUGGACUUCUGCAAGAUAUUUCUUAUCUUGAUAGAAGCACCAAUAGUUUACUUGGAGCAAAAUUUAAAUACUCAAAUCCUGCGAUAUAUAUUGGAAGUGCUGUGACAAUUACAUGUUUAAUUAUUAUCUUUGUAACAUAUAUUAUUUGUUACACAUCGAUUGCUAUGCCAAAAAAAGCAAAACACUGUGUUAUUAAUACUUGGUUUGCUGUAGCAUUACUAACAUUCUCUUAUACUGUUGGCAUUCAUCAAACAGAAAACAUUCAAAUUUGUCAAGGAGUUGGCUUAACACUUCACUACUUAUCUUUGUGCUGUCUACUAUGGAUGGCAGCAACUGCUAGCAAUAUGUAUAAUCAGUUUUCUAAACCAGACCUUGAAGACAUUCAAAAUAAUGAACUGUCAGAUGAACCAAUACCAAAACCAUUACUAGGCAUUUAUUUAGUUGGCUGGGGUAUAGCUAUGAUAAUUUGUGGUAUAUCUGGAGCAAUCAAUCUCCAGGAAUAUGCAGGACAUUCUUAUUGCUUUCUUACAUCAGGUCCUGCUCUUGCUGCACUAUUUCUUCCAGCAGCAAUUUUAAUUGUAUAUUUAAUAAUUUUUUAUUUACUUAUUAAAUGUGCACUUCAAAAUGAAGAUGUGACUGCUCAAUCAUUUGAAGGUACACAAGGUACAGAAAACAUGGAUUUAGAAUUAUUAGAACCAAGCACGAAUCUGCCUAUGAAUAGAAAUAGCAUGCACAGUGCACCAGUAUCGUCUGAUAUUGUAGAUUCUGAACACACUCAAAUAGGACAAUUAAAAGGCCAAAUUGUUGUAUUUAUUUUAUAUUUAAUAUCAUGGUUCACUGCAGCAGCAGCGACCGCAAAGCCAUUCAGCUCAUACAUAUUAUUUGAUGAAAUCAUAUUUUCCAUUUUAUAUUCACUUUUUUCAAGUUCGCUUGGUAUUUUUCUACUUUUUUUUUAUGGAAUUGUACGAAACGAUGUUAAAUCAGAGUGGUUGAAGAUGAGUUGCUGGCUUCAAAAGCGAAAAAACCGUUGUUGCAGAACAAGAAGCAUUUCUGAUACAAAUCCUGUAAUACCAACGCAUCCUCUAGCACAACAUUUGGUGCCACCGUUAUCUAAUUCUCAGGCAAUUCAAGUAACAUCUGACUCCAAUUCUAUUAAUUCGUCGAGGUGUACGAAUAGAUCUCAAACGUGUAAUGCAUUUAAAUUUACAGAUGCUUUAAGCAAUCGAGAAUCCUUGCCUGAUGUUAGAAAAAUGGCAAAUGUAAAUUUAGUUGUAUUACACCGUCAACAAUAUAGAUCUAAUAAUUCUGUUACAACAUAUACUGAACCGACUUGUGUUGAAAUGUUUUAUAACCCACAUCAAAGUGGUGUUGCUAGGAAGUUUUUUAGGAAGCAACGCCGUCAUACAAAGAAUAAUAAUCUUGGUCCUAGGAAACAAGGUGAUGGCGGUGCUACUAGUGACGCUGGCAGUUGUAUGUCUGCACCGCGAUCUACUGCAAAAUUAGAAAGUAAUAUAGGUCAAACUAUUCUAAGUACUAGUGCAAAAGUAAAUAAUACAAAUAUACAUGUCGAAUUGAAUCCAAUAACGGAUUCUAAGAACGUUAACAUUCUCUCGGAUAGCGGUGGUAGCAUGUCAGAAGAGAGAAAUGUUCCAAUGCGGUUUGUUAUUGGCCAAGAAAGUCUUCUUCGAAAUGUCAAUAAAAUUAACAACAAUUGCAGAUUGCAAAAGACUAUAUCACAUGAGUCAGAUGUAGAUGUUAAAAGUGAUGAAGAGAAACAUCUGCGAAAUGUUUCACAACAAUGUAGUUUAGAAUACAGCUCUGAAAUAGAAUCAGCUACUCAAAUGACCAGUGAAAAGAGUGAUCAUAAUUUACCAGAAAUUUAUGAAAUUGCAGAAACGGUUGUAGAAGAAAAUUUUGUAAGGAAAAGAUGUCAAAGCAUGAAUGAAUCUCAUGAAACAAGACAACGGCACUCAAAAAGUAACUUACAACUUAUAUCUCAUUCUAAUAGUAUGUUCUGUCUUCCAGUAGACACUACGAAACCUUUAAGAAGUAAUUAUUGUAACUCACUAAAUGACAUCACAUCUUUCGUUAAUUCAAAGAACUGUGAACAUUCGAAAUCAUUAUUAAUAAACGCACAAUGUACUGAAAGUUCAAUUUUGUUUAAUCGGGUUUCUGCUUCACGAAAAUCACUUAAUCAAUUUGAAUUAUUUUCUGAAAAAAAGAACUUCAAUAGUGAAAGUACACCUAACUUAGAGGAACCAUUGAAAUUUAAGUAUGAAUCUUUAAUAAACGCUGAAUGUGUCUCUAAUGCAUGCACAAAGGAAUACAAUUCUUGUUUUCCUACUGAAAUCACGUUAUCUAACAGAAAUCACACUAAUGUGCCACAAGAGUCUAAAGAAAAGACUAUCAAUUGUUUAACUGACACUAGAUCACUUAUAUCAAUUCAUUGCAAUAUUGUAAAAAACUUUGAUUCCAACAAUGAAAUAGAAAAUGUAAACAAAAAUACAAACUUAAAUAGUAUACAACAGGCUGAGAUCAGUAAAUUUUAUUUGAAAAAUCAGAACAUUUAUCUACAAGUUGCUAAGAAGGAAACAAGCGUUUAAUCAAAUCUGUUUAUUGACAUGUAACGAAUAACAUUUAUUUUAGUAAAAAUAUUUGGAA